AUGAAACUUAAAAAAAAAAAAAUUCCAAAGGUAGUGGUUCUUAUGUUUUUCACAUGUGCCCAACCAGAUCUUGGAUUUAAUUUAAUCGCCGUGAUCGGAGGAAUUUGUACACCAUCUCUUAUCAGUGGAGCAUCAUUUAUUCGUCAAGAAAACAACAAUCGUUUGGGCAGUGUUUCAUAUCAAUAUCGAAGUGUAUUGCAUACUACUCAAAAUGUGCCAUUUUCAAACAUCACCAAUGAAAAUUUAGGACUGUCAUCCUUCAUUGAUCUUAACAAUGACGAUGUUAACGACGUUUUGCUUCUUAGUCCUGAUAGUAUAUUCAAGCAACCACAAGUUAUUGAUUCCCAUGCUGAGAUAUUGAAUGACCGAGCUGCCGCUGAAGUACCACUUACGACUGUUAAAAGAAACCGUGGUCGACCUAAAAAGAUUUUAGGAAAUACGUCGGCACAGACUGAUCUUGAAAAAAUAACCGGCACUCCAAACACUACUAUUUCAAGUGAGAUAUUCGAUCAUUGUGCGGACGAUCAAGUAACAGUUACGACUCUUAAAAGAAAACGUGGUCGACAUAAAAAAAUUAUACGAAAUACCUCCACACCAACAGGUGUUGAUUUGCUUGAUCAAGUGCCACCUACAAAUCAAAAGAAAAAACCUGGUCGACCUAAACAAGUGUUGGCGAGCACUUCUACACGAUCUAGUUGGUUAUAA